ACUUUCAGUGGCUGCUAACCAGUGUUUUGGGGAACGCAGCUCCGGCCAAUUCUGGUUUCCUUCGCUUUACUCCACCUUUUCAUUCUCCGUCGUUUAACUUCUCUCAAUUCCGAAGGACAGAUUUCGCAGCUAUGGCAGCCUCGCCUAUGGUCAUGGACUCCAAGCCAUCUUCGGAACUACCUCCUUUCCUGGCCUCGACGAGAUCCGAUUACCUUCUGGGUUUCGGCGACGGAACCUCUGACGAAGACGAUCUCUACAGUCGCCUUAAGUCGCUUCAGCGCCAGUUGGAGUUUAUUGACAUUCAGGAAGAAUACGUCAAGGAUGAGCAGAAGAAUCUAAAGCGCGAGCUCCUUCGAGCCCAGGAAGAGGUCAAGAGGAUCCAGUCCGUGCCGUUAGUCAUCGGCCAGUUCAUGGAGAUGGUGGACCAGAAUAAUGGUAUUGUUGGCUCGACGACCGGAUCGAAUUACUAUGUUCGUAUUCUUAGUACCAUCAACCGCGAGCUUUUGAAGCCCUCGGCAUCCGUCGCUCUCCACCGUCACUCUAACGCGCUUGUGGAUGUUUUGCCGCCUGAGGCCGACUCCAGUAUCUCGCUUCUGAGUCAGUCAGAGAAGCCUGAUGUCACCUAUAAUGACAUUGGAGGAUGUGAUAUUCAGAAGCAGGAGAUUCGUGAGGCAGUGGAACUACCCCUUACUCACCAUGAACUGUACAAACAAAUUGGUAUUGAUCCUCCUCGUGGUGUAUUACUAUAUGGUCCCCCUGGCACUGGGAAAACAAUGCUUGCCAAGGCUGUUGCUAAUCAUACCACAGCUGCCUUCAUUAGAGUCGUUGGAUCUGAAUUUGUGCAGAAGUAUCUUGGUGAGGGUCCAAGGAUGGUACGUGAUGUUUUCCGUCUUGCCAAAGAGAAUGCUCCGGCAAUUAUAUUUAUUGAUGAGGUAGAUGCAAUAGCUACUGCUCGAUUUGAUGCUCAAACUGGGGCAGAUAGAGAAGUACAGCGUAUUCUCAUGGAACUUCUCAAUCAGAUGGAUGGAUUUGAUCAAACGGUGAAUGUCAAAGUUAUCAUGGCAACUAACCGAGCUGAUACAUUGGACCCUGCUCUUCUGCGUCCUGGAAGGCUUGAUCGCAAAAUUGAGUUCCCUUUGCCUGAUAGGCGUCAAAAAAGGCUUGUGUUUCAGGUUUGCACGGCGAAAAUGAACUUGAGUGAUGAGGUAGACCUAGAGGAUUAUGUUUCUCGUCCAGACAAAAUUAGUGCUGCUGAGAUAGCAGCUAUUUGUCAAGAAGCAGGAAUGCAUGCUGUUCGUAAGAAUAGGUAUGUCAUACUACCAAAGGACUUUGAGAAGGGCUACCGGACAAACGUGAAGAAACCAGACACCGACUUUGAGUUCUACAAGUGAUGAGGAGGGCUGGAUAAGAAUUUGGAAGAUUCCUGUGUUCUUGUUGAAAGAGGAAAAAAAACUGUAAUCCUUGUUCUCGCUAUAGCACUUGUUAAUUUGUGUACCGACUUUGCUGAGUCACCGAAGGGCUGUACUGCUUACAAUAUAUUGUGCAUUGGUUUUCUAGAAAUCAAAGAUCAUUCUCAUUUCUUCAUUA